GCCCGGGGGCGGGGGGCCAGGAGCAGCGGAAGAGCCUAUUUCGCCUGCGGCCUGGGCGUCUCGUCCUCUCUGAGUUCCCGUCCCGCUUCCGGUUCUUACGGGUUCCGGAGCUCCUGGGCUGGCUUCCUGCGAAACCUCCAAGAGUCGACCGCUGCCCCCUACCUGCCUGCCCGAAGCCGGCUGCUUCGCAAGAAUGCAUUACCUAGUGCCACGGUCACGGUCGCCGUCACAGGCACCCUCAACCCCACCCCUGGCCAGCCCGCGGUCCCUCUCUCUCCCUCACCCGCACCUGCCCGCAAGCUCCGCGGGGCCGCAGGUGCGGACGACGGCGGAAUUCCACGCCCCGCAGAGGCGCGUCAGCCCUGGGGAGGAGAAGGGGAGGCGCGGUCCGGUGCCGCUCCCAGGCUGAUGUCCCAGAUUGUGCCCUUUUAGCCGGGAAGCAUGGAGGUAAUUCACGGCAGGCCCUACUGUUGCAGGGAGCUUGAAGGAGCUGACAUACUGUCAGACACUUUUUACUCUAAUGAAUUGCACACUCCACUACGAACAGCUGCUCGCCCAACUGCCUCAGAGGACAGGUAUCAGGAAUUAAGGGAGUCACUCCAACAAUGUAGGCUGCCAUGGGGCGCUGAAAGGGAAUAUGGCGGGAUAAUACCCAUUUCACUCCCUGAGGAACACAGGCCAAAAUGUGAACCUCCUUGUGUCAUGGGCAAAGGACAUCAGCAUUAUGGAUUUGGUGGAGAAACCUGGCCAAGAAAGCUUCCUAUUGAACAAUUCUAUUAUUUGACGCAGAACAAAAAAAGUGACAUCUAUGGAAAUGAUUCUUUGAUGCCCAAACCACCUAAUUCAACAGUAGGAGAAAUCUGCUCCCCGUAUCCGGUUGAACACCCCUACCACACACACAUCUCCCGCGGUGCCGUGUUCCCGACCUUCACAUCACCUAAGGAUCUCUACACUGGCAUUAAAGCCCGAAGCCAACAGCCAUUUCCUCCCACCGUGCCAACGAAGCCUUAUGAUACAACGAUUUUGAAGACAAGAGGCAACCCUUACAGAUACGAACUGCUUGAUUUUCCCAUGGAUUCAAAGAAGAAAGCCUUGACUUGGCCAGGCCAGGGUGUAUAUUAUGACUUUCCUAAAUGUGUUGAGAAAAACAAGCCAGUAUUCUACCCAAAACCUCCUAAAACCUUCGCUCCUAACACUUCUUCAAAUUUGUGGGACCCUAUUAACUCUCUAAAAGAAGCGAACAUACAAAGAAAUCUUGAGAGGUCCCACUGGAUCACUUCGUACACUCAUGACUUUACAGGUCUGGGGCCCAUGAACCCCCUUGAACUGGAUGAUUACCAUGAAAAGGAGGUAGCAGAGUUAACUGGACAGAUAGGAUUUGACCCAGAGCCUCAAGAAAAAUUCCAUCCUGUCUUAAAACCUCCCAGACCCUUGGAAGGACGAAUUGCCCGAUUGAUUCAGAACCGACGUCCUCUGGAGGCUAUUGUCCAGCAAAAACCACCUUCCUGUCCAGAUUGUACCCCUAGAGUUUUGUGUACUUUUCAUACUUUUGUACCCAGUUCUGCAGAAAUGAUGGCACUUAGCAAUAACACACCGGUGGGUGUGACCCAUAAAAAUCAGGCAAUUGAAGACAAGAUUAAGGAAGAACAAAGCUUGCUAUCUACCUAUGCACUCCCACCUUGUUACCCAACAAAAGAUCUGACUAACAUUUAUGACAUAAAACCAUUUCCAAAAAUCACAGAUACUGAAAAGACAGAAGAUUUGUACUGGAGACAGCUGUCAUUAAAACCCCAACCUACAUCUUACUGUAACCCCAACCAUUACCUUCAGUAUGAACAUUUUAAAUCUCCCAUACAUAACCAGUUUACUAUGUGUCAAAACCCCGUUAGCCUUAGUAAGUCUAGUAUUUUACAAAGUAAACCAGACUUGGAAGCUUUCGAUUUAGAACAUUUUUUAAGUAAGCCAGAAGAACAGUUGACCUUGAACAUGGAAAGCGACGAAGAAACAAGACCUAUUCUGGGUUGGAUUCCUAGAGCUGGAGUGGCCAAGCCUCAGACCAACCUGCUGGAGCUUAAGAAUUCUUUUUCAAAAAGUCGUGCACAAAAAUGUUUCCAUAAAUCAAUUCUAGAAGACUAUAAAGACCUCAGGGAUAAGGAGCAUUCGGCGAUGAAACACCAAUUCUAUGGCUAUAAUUCCUAUUAUUUCUAUAAUUGAGAUAUUCAUCAUUCCCUUCAAAACCUAGCCUCUUGCAAAAAAAAUAAUAAUAAUAACAAUUUCUUCCCUGUUGCUAGAUUCUGUUUCCUAGAAGAGCCAUAAUGACCUUGUUAAUGAAGUUUAUGUUUUCAGGAAUUUAAGUUAGGAUCUGGUCAGAGGAACCCAGAAAAAGUGAUAUUCUGACUUCUUGAAAAGUUUAACAAUUUGGCAAUAAAAUAUUAGAACCAGA